UUCCUUUUGUUUUAUAGGGAAUAAUGAACAUGCCAAAUUUGGCAGUCCAAGCACUGGCCUUAACUGUUCGUCAUCUGAAACAAUUUGGUUUAGAAAGGAUCCUGCACCUAGGAGCUUCUUUUAGGCCCCUCUCAAGCAGCACGGAGAUGACUCUCUCGGCCAAUGCACUUCAGCAAUUGGAGGUAUUGAAGAACAAUGCUGAUGGGUCUGAGUCUGGCUCUUUGCUGCAGUCUAUGAAUCAAACUCUUACCAUAUUUGGUUCAAGGCUUCUUAGACAUUGGGUAACUCACCCUUUAUGUGAUAGAAACAUGAUUUGUGCUCGUCUUGAUGCUGUUUCUGAGAUUGCAGAGUCAAUGGGGUCUUCUAAAGCUCCUCAGAAUGUUGAACAGCAUGAUGCGGAAGAUUCUUUUGUAACAAAUUUGAAACCAAAGUUAAAUUAUAUACUUUCUUCAGUUCUGACGACUUUGGGACGGUCAACUGAUAUUCAACGUGGGAUAACAAGAAUCUUUCAUCGGACUGCCACUCCAUCUGAGUUCAUUGCAGUGAUUCAAGCUAUUUUAUAUGCUGGAAAACAACUUCAGCAACUUCAAAUUGAAGAAGAGGGAAGCAAAGAAAAUUUGAGAGGAAAGACAGGACGCUCUGACCUGCUGAGGAAGUUGAUAUGUACUGCUUCGUCAUCCACUGUAAUUGGAAAUGCUGCAAGACUGUUGUCUACCCUUAACAAAGAAGCAGCCGACAAACAGGAUCUACCAAAUUUAAUAAUCUCUGAUGGCCAAUUUCCUGAGGUUGCUGAAGCACGGAUGGAGGUUCAAUUGGCAAAGGAAAAAUUGGAUUCUCUCAUCAGUUUGUAUCGCAAACAGCUUGGAAUGCGCAAGUUGGAAUUCAUUAGUGUGUCUGGAACAACACACUUGAUAGAGUUGCCCUUAGAUGUAAAGGUGCCUUCAAAUUGGGUUAAGAUCAAUAGUACCAAAAAGACUGUCCGGUAUCACCCACCUGAUGUUUUGACAGCUUUAGACCAUCUAGCCCUUGCAAAUGAGAAACUCACUAUCACCUGUCGUGCUGCUUGGGAUAACUUUCUAAGCGGUUUUGGUAAAUAUUAUGCUGAGUUCCAAGCUGCUGUUCAAGCACUAGCGAGUUUAGAUUGUCUUCAUUCACUUGCUGUUCUUUCAAGAAAUAAGAACUAUGUUCGUCCAGUGAUCGUAUAUGAUGAUGAACCUGUCCAGAUACAUAUAUUGUCUGGCCGUCAUCCGGUCAUAGAGACUACAUUACAAGACAAUUUUGUUCCAAAUGACACAGAUUUGCAGGCAGACAGAGAGUAUUGUCAGAUUAUUACUGGACCUAACAUGGGUGGAAAGAGUUGCUACAUUCACCAAGUUGCUCUCAUUGCUAUCAUGGCUCAGGUUGGUUCCUUUGUACCAGCAUCAUCGGCAAAGCUGCAUGUGCUGGAUGGAAUUUUCACUCGAAUGGGUGCUUCUGACAGUAUCCACCAAGGGAGAAGCACUUUUCUUGAAGAACUGAGCGAGGCUUCACAUAUACUCCACAAUUGCACAGCACGCUCAUUGGUUAUCAUCGAUGAGCUUGGGAGAGGCACGAGUACACAUGAUGGCGUGGCUAUUGCUUACGCUACAUUACAUAAUCUGCUACAGCAGAAAAAAUGCAUGGUCCUCUUUGUGACGCACUAUCCAAAAAUUGCUUAUAUUAGAACUGAAUUCCCAGGCUCAGUGGAGGCAUACCAUGUUUCUUAUCUGACUUCAAAUAGAGAUAUGGAUACGGUAGGCAUGCAAUCUGAAAAUGAAGAUGUCACUUACUUAUAUAAGCUUGUGCCUGGUGUUUCAGAGAGGAGCUUUGGAUUUAAGGUUGCGGAGCUUGCACAGCUACCUUCCUCGUGCAUAAGACAAGCGACUAUCAUGGCUGCUAGGUUGGAGGCAGUAGUAAACAGCCGAGCAAGAAACAGACAUGGAAAAAAUUGGUUGCUAAAAUCACUGGUAACAGAUCAAAAGAAAGAAGCACAAGAUGAAAUGCUGGAAUCUCCCGAGUGCCUUCAUGUAGGAUGGAGUCCGGUUUUAGAGGAGACAAAUGGUGGUGCGUAUCAGAAAUUCUUUAUGAAUUUGAAAGCUGCAAUAAUUGAUGUUGACGACCCUGUACAAAGCUUUCAGUAUUUGAAUCACGCAAGAAGCAUUGCAAGAGAGUUAAUAAGCAGUAUUGUGCAUUUCUCAGAUAAGCAGUCAUUCCUGAAAAGUGUGGAUACAGCAGCAGCGACGGAGGCUGAUUCGAAACGUCGAAUUUCAUCAAUUUUGUAGAUAGUAUUUUGCCUGAAGAAUUUUGUAUUUCUUGAAGUCUCCAUCUUCAUCUUUUUGUAAUUAACCAUACAUAUAUCUGCAUGCUUCUGAUUCUGAAGAAAGAAAGAACAUAACUAUACGAGACUAUGAAUUAUUAUGAUAUGGCAAUAGAGAAAAAAAAUGGUGAUAACAUUUUUCUUGCA